CUUGUCUGUGUAGAUCAGGGUCCCCCAACUGGCGGCCAGAGUGACAAAUUUGUACUGCAGGUGUUUUUGUGUGUUUUUGUUUGGUUGCAUUUUCAUUGUUGGACAUAAAACAAUGUAAAUCAGCUCCAAGUUUUAAUUUGGAAUAUCUGUUCCCAAGUAUUUCCAUGCAUAAUAUAGACACGCAUUACCAUAUACAAAUGCAAGCAAGGUUUGGAAGUAUUAUGUGUUAGUCAAAUAUUAUAUCUGUUUGGGCUUAAUGCGGUCAAUUUGAAGUCUACAAAUGAUUUGUAACUAUGUUCUUGCCCCCCAACCAUCCACUCAAGAAAAAAUUGACGCACGUCUGAAUCUAGUUGAUGAUACCAGGUGUAGGUCGUGCAAGUCGACUACUGCAGAAGUCACAGGGUAAAUCGGGAAGGAGUGGACGUGCCUCUCUUCAGUUCGUGCACGACUCUUGCCUCCGCAGUGCACUGCUGGAUAGCGCUCAGUACAGUCAGUCUGCGCCGGGACGUUUCACGCACGCACCAGUGACCUGCCAAUGCGACGCAUCUCACUCUCAAAAGGUCUCGAACGCUACACGGCAGCGAAGAGCAUGGGGAAUUCACUGCGGACUCAUUGAUAAAUAAUUGCCACUGGAAUUAAAAUGAACAAUUCGUCCUGUAUGUUCCUUUGCAGUAUCCAUUUAGUAUAGUAUAUUUGUUUAUGACACUGUAGGAAACCGAAGCAUGGCGGGUACCUUAUCAUUGGUGAUGUUGUUUGGAGUGGUUGGGGUAUUGGUGGCUUCUAAGAUGGAGCGGGCGGUGCAGGUGCCCUGUGACUCAGGCCAGUACACCAAUGGUGGAGAGUGCUGCGAGGUGUGCCCACCUGGAGAGGGGGUGGUGAGGAGGUGUGGUGCCAACCAGACCGUCUGCGCCCAGUGCCUAGACAGUGAGACCUACUCAGAGACCUACAGCCACAUAGACACCUGUAUCCCCUGCACCAUGUGUACAGGUCUGAUGCGCAUGCAGACGCCCUGCACUGACUCCAACAAUGCCAUCUGCGUGUGUGACUACAACUACUACCUGAAUGAGGUGUCUGGGCGCUGUGAGCCCUGCACGGUGUGCCCGGCGGGCCAGGGCGUGUUGGCACACUGCGAGCACAACCACGACACGGUGUGUGAGGAGUGUAUAGACGACACCUACUCUGACCGGGACAGCUCCCUGGACCCCUGCCUGCCCUGCACCAUAUGUGAUGAGGGCAUCGAGGUGGAGCUGAGCGCCUGCACCCCCGUCAGCGACUCCCUCUGCCAUAAUCCUCUCCUCCCGUCCUACACGUCUCCCACCACUCCCCUGGACCGGUCUUCCCCCUCUUUCACAGACAUCUUCCCACCAGACAGCUCCAGCAGCCCCUCCCCGGGGGGAGAGAGCACCACGGCCCAGCCCAGCCCUCACUUCAUCAGACCGGGCUUCAACGAGAACCUCAUCCCCAUCUACUGCUCCAUCCUGGCUGCUGUGGUGGUGGGGCUGGUGGCCUACAUCGUCUUCAAAAGGUGGAACAGCUGCAAGCAGAACAAACAGCCGGCUAACAACCACCAAGUCACAGCAGCCAAUCAAACGGUGACGCCGGAGGGGGAGAAGCUGCACAGCGACAGCGGUAUCUCAGUGGACAGCCAGAGUCUGCAGGAGCAGCAGCAUGCAGCCCAGGCCCAGACACAGACACACAGACAGGAACAAAUAGUGGUGAGGGUGGAUGGGGGACCUGACUCACCUCCCCCCCAGGUCUGAGGAAGAGGAGAAGCCGCUGACAGGAAGGAGGAAAAGGAGGAAAGGGGGAAGUGGGGUUGCCAUGGAAACAUUGAUGUGGGAAUGGACAUACAGUAUAAGAGUACAGACUGAGUGGGCUUCUUGGAUACAACAAGGAAGUUGACGACAUUAUCGCCCCUUUUCACCAAGUGUGGCCACUGGUUUCUGACUGGACUCUUGUCCCAGUAUGGACCCUUAUUAGACAGACUGGAGCAUCAGAGGCUGACUCAGUAUCUCUACACAGAACCCAACUCUGCCAGUGUGUCUUUGAACACUAAACCUCUCCGCCAGUACCAACCCUAACACCAACGCCAAACACCAACCCUAACACCAACGCCAAACACCAACCCUAACACCAACCCUCUGUCUCAAGUCACUAAAGUUGCAAUAUCACUACCACCCAUAAUCCAAGAAGCAUCACUGUGUUAGAUAUCCUGGUCUCCAUCUUUUCUGUCAGCUGGUGAGGACCAAUCAUUAUGAAAAGUGUGUUAGUAUGUUAUCCCAUGAAGGAGUUUCAUCCUGUGUCCCCAUAAGUUCACUGCCAACUUCCUUUGACCAUUUGCUAAAAUUAUUAUUCAUCCACCCCCCGAUUCCCCCCUACUCACUCACAUCAUCAAAUGUUUGUGCCUCAGAGGUAGAUAAACUAUCUGUCCCCUCUCUCCCCUUGUCUGUACUCUCUCUCAGUGUGUAACUAUUUGUCCCUCUUUCCAUCCCUCCAUCUAUACCUAUCCUAUCCUAGUGUGUUCUCAGGGCAAGUCCUGCAGUAGUCUCUCCGUCACACCCCCAGACUGUCUUCUCAGACCUCAGCAGCAGCCUGUUGUAAUCCUACAUGUGAACCUGUCUGAUAGUAUCCCACUGUUAUCUAUUCAACACAACUCAGUGGGGGAACGGUUACGCUGCGUUUAGAUUGUACGAGGUAGACGGCGUCCGGAUGUCAUUGUUUUCAAUGAGAGCACGACGGUAAAUGCCGUUGAGGUCACAGUAGACGGGACAUGCCACCAGAGUUAAAAUAUUUAAACUUUUGUUGUCUGCCGUAGCGUUGUUUUCUACCGGAUGUUGAUUUGCACUGUUUGUUUACCGUAAUCACCAUAGCAACACAUACCGUCGUGCUGGCUUGCUUUCUUCUUGUAUGACGGUUUCUGCGUCCCUCGUCUAAAUGCAGCAUUAGUCACCCAUUCCAAAAUCUCCUAUCCUUUUUCUUUACCACAGACACAGACAUUCCUAAGGUGUACAGGGACGGACACAUUUGUGUUGUUGUUAUACUGUUGCCUCUGAUUACUGCUCUCCUAUUCUCAUUGGCUGUGGAUCAUUCCAUCAUUCUGUCACCACAAUAUGAUACACCAUCCCUCCUCUGUUUUCUGACACACUUGACUCCUUUUCUCCAUCCAACAUGGACUCCAGGAUUCUGUUGGAAUGAUUCAUGCUUUGAAUGUAACAGAUUCUAGAUGUUUCUCUCAUGUCUGUUUGUGGCACCUCUCUUAGUGGUUUGAGUUACAAGGCCUCCUCAGCAGUGCAGCUCCAUUACCCCAGGAGCUGUGAUAUGCAAUAUGAGGAGCAAUUUUGGACUGUUGAACAUUGCUGACUCAUUGACCUGACGCGUAAUGUGAUGUCCAACUGCCAAAAAUGGAACUGGUGACAUCAUCAGAAAGAGGCUCUGCAGUAUCAGUAUUCGAGGCUGUUCCAUGGUAGCCUGACGAGAGUUGUCUAGAAAUAGUAUAGAGUUUAUAUACAAACACUGUAUAGUAGGCUAUACUCAAGACUCCCCUUAAUUAUCCAUUAUAUUGUACUUGCUAAUGAGUGGAGACAUGGGACACUCGUCAGAGACUUCCGUCUCACUGAAAUAAACACAAGCACUUGCACACACACACUCACGUGCAGAUAUGUGUGUGUGCUAAAGAGUGUGCGGUGGCGCUAAUGUGUCUGCUGCGGUAUGGUAUGGUAGGGGUAUGGGUGUAAACACAGGGGCCAUUAGGGAGACAUUCCUGACAGGCAGGUAUAAUUACCUCAGGGUUUCAGGUUCAUUUAGCUUCACUCAGUCAGCUGGCUCUCAUCUGAAUCCCUCUGUUCUGUACUGCACAGAGACAUACAGAACGCUUUUAAAGUGGCAACAAUGUGACAUUACCAUUACUCACCUCUCAUGUGUCAGAGAGCAGUGACAUUUUACUGUAUCACAACAGUGAUCUGAAGAACUUAUACACCCCCCCCCCCACACACUCUCUCUGAUGAUAAACUGUAUGUAUGUGUUGCCUUGGAUCACUUUUGUAUGUAUCUAUAUUGGCACGCAGCAUACUGAACGCGCAGUAGGUAUUAGAUGUUAGCAAUGUAGCUACGCUUACUGUAACUGUACUGCUUUGAAGUCCAGGUUUGAUUCCCAGGGACAUGUGAUUACUCAGGGUCCCUUUGGUGUGGUUUGGUGCUUGAAUUUAGAUGUAGGUAGACAGCAAAGUAGAGAUACUAGCAGAGAUACGUUUGUGUGUUGAGAGAGAGAUAAUCUGGCGUAGCAAAGAUACAGUAGGGAAGACGCUCUCAUAGCAGUGAGUUUUGAGGCUUUUGAAUAGAAAACAGACCAACACACCCACACUAUAUUCCCCCUGGGGGCCUCUUUCUGCUUGUGACAUAUCCAGUGGCUUUACACACACAGUGUUUCACACAAUAUUAUUGACAGCAGUGUGAUUCAUAUUGCUCCACAAUGGAAGUGCAGUAGGACCCAGUGGACCAACAGAUUGGCAUAAUACCACUGACUGACAGGAGGGACUGUCAUCAACGACUAGUGAACAACUGAACCUUUCACUGUGGCUGGCGGCCCCACGGGCCCAAUCUAACACUGUGCUGUCUCACAGGUGAAUAGAGGUGUCAAUAUAGAAUCUACAGUAUGACUCAAUCUGUACUGUUCCUCCACAGCAGGGGACACUGGUAGAGUGGAGGAAGAUAAUAUAAGAAUGUAAAGCUGAAUAACGUUACAGACAUAAAUAUGCAAAACAUUCAAUGUUCUUCUAUUGUUUUUGUUAUGAAUAUUAUUCUCUUUUUUGAAAUCAGUAUUUUUUUGUAAACGGUUUCUUGUUUUAGCACUUAUUAGAUGUAAUAGGCACACUUAAAGACUGUGCUAUACAAGUGCCUGUGUACAGAGUCAGGUGUGUUUGAGUUAUGUUCAGAACACUUUCUGUUGUUGUUCUUCUUCUGUUUUUAUUCUCACUUGUUGUAUGAUCUGUGUUUUGUUUCAUCAUUUGAGUGUUAAUGAAGGUUUCAGGAAGUAUAGGCCAUAGGUUAAAACGUACUACUAAUGUUGUUGAAAUCCAUAUAGCAUCAUCUACGUACAUGCCAUCUGCUGUGGUUCUAUUUUACAGACCACAAUAUACUCUACCUACAGUGCAAAAGUGGCAAUAUGUGAUGAGCAUGACCAGUAUGUUUUUACAUGUUCAGUUUGUCCAGAGGUUGUGGACAGACAUGCCAUGUAUGAGGAGGAUUCACUGUGAUUCUCUAUGGUAAUAUCCAAGAUAUAAUAAAUCCCCACAGAAAUGUCAGACCCCUCCCCCCCCAAAAGCUGAAUGUUACAUGUACUUACCUAUUAGUGUAAAAUGCAUUGUGUAAAUGUGAAUUUCUUAGAGUUGUUACAAUAUAUAAAUACACUAUAAAAUUGAAAAAGCAAACAAAUGAAUUAUCUGAUAGAAUAAAAACAAAUGUAAUUGCACCUUUGUCAAGUC